CUUCUGUGCAACCGAAGUCAUAGUUUUUUCUUGGAAAUCUCCAAGCAUCGUGUGUUUUUCUGCUACGGUUUAGUUUAAAAUCCUCACUUAUUCGAAGGUAGAUUUCCCAAUUAUCUAUAAAUCAAAGCCCAAACUUUGAGAAGGAAACACAACACUACUCAACAAUUAUUUUAUCCAUGCUUGGUGAAGUCUUAACUAAUUAGUAAAUACCUAUAAAGAACGGAUUAUUAAAAUCUCUUCAGAACAAUGAAUUAGCGAAUUUUCUUUCUUUAUUAAAUAACACUUUUCUCAUAAUUAUAGUUCUCUACGACAGUUUCAGCUUUAAUCAGAGUAAUUGAAAAUGAAGAAACUCCGCAAGCCAGAAAUCAAAACGAACGAUUCUUUUACGUGGUUACUUCGGAGUUGGGAACUAACUGGCAUAAAGCUUUUGCAUCCGUAUAAAUUCUUAAAUCUGUUACACAUAGUUUUCUGCUGGAUUCUGAUCACACUAAGUCCGAUAUCGAUUGGUAUUGUUAUAUUUAAUACCAUGGGCGAUACAUCCAUGACUGUAACACUUACCAGUUUUCAAGCAUCGCUUAAUGUUUUAUUGUUACCGUUUAGGACGCUAGUAAUUGCCAUAAACUUUAAGCGUUUGCGUAGUGUCGAACAGAUUUUCGAGAGUUUGGAUAAAUUUUAUGUAAGAGAAGAGGAACGCUUGGAAAUUAAAAAUUGCGAAAAGACUUGCAGAAGCCUUUUUUUUACAUGCUCUUUUUUAUAUAACAUUUACGGUGUAAGCGCUUGGUUAGUUGGGCUCUUUGCGCACAAUCGCGAUAUGUUUUGGCUUCUUUUUAUCGAUUGGAUACCGCAUCAGCCCCUACGACACAGUUUACACUUUCUUUUCGAAGUGGCUAUGAUACAUUUCUUACUGCAAACCAAUGUGCCGAAUGAUACCUUUCCGGCGAUUUAUAUACGUGCCUUACGCACGCACAUUAAGCUGUUGACGGGCCGCGUCAGUCGUUUAGGCACGAACUCCGUCUUUAACGACGAGCAGAAUUUUCGGGAAUUAGUCGCUUGUAUAACAUCGCAUCAGCUGAUAUUACAGGUGGCGGAUAUCGCUGGUUCGAUUCUCUCACUAACGGUUUUUCUGCAACUCGCAUUCGCCGCGGCUAUUUUAUGCGUUUGCAUGCUUAAUAUAUUCAUAUUCGCCGAUACGAUGCACAAGGUUACCACGAUUGUAUGCUAUCUAGUUGUUUUGAUGCAAACUGUACCCAGCUGCUAUCAGGCAUCAAUGCUCGAGGCGGACUGCGCUAAGUUGCCAGACGCGAUCUUUCAUUGCAAUUGGAUGGAUAUGGAUAAACGCUUUCGCAAGCUCAUCAUCUAUUUCCUGCAUCACACACAGACGGAAAUAACAUUCACUGGAGUUAAACUAUUUAGAAUCAAUUUGAGCACCAAUUUAUCGAUUGCCAAAUUCUCGUUUACACUGUACACAUUCAUGAAUGAAAUGGGAUUUGGGAAGAACGUAAAGGAACGCUUGGAAUAGUCGUUACCGGAUAGUUGAAUUCAAAAAUGAUUUUUUCACUUAAUGAAUAUAAUAUAUUUUUAAUACUUAAAUGCAACACUUAAGUAGUUCCAAUAUAGUAUUUGCAUAUAUAAUCUUAAAUCUAUAUAUAUAAAAGAAAGUUGUUGUUAGUUACACAAUUUAUAACUCAAUAACGUCUGAACCGAUUUAGUUAAAAAACUCAUAAUUUCAAAAUUCAUGUUUGUAGAAAUCAUUUGAAUAUAUGCGUGCAGUUUUAAACAGAUUCUUCCUAAAAAAAUAAUAGAAUUGCUAAGUAUUUGGAAUAGUAGAAAAGAAGUACAACCACAUAUGGCGUGAAACAAAUUGUAACUGGCUCGGUAAUCAGUCAUAGAAUAUGUAUUAUACCACGUGCAUCCCAAAAGACUGAUGUCAUAACCUUUGUAGCCGACCUUUUCGUCUUUCCACGCCUGAGAACCGGUUUAUCAUGUGCAGUCCACUAGAAUGACUCUCGAUUGGACUUCAGUGGGAAAUGAUGAAGCUAUGUUUCUAUUGUCACACACCGAACGUCGGUUUUAUUACGACUAAAGAACACUCAAACACUUCUCAGAAUCAGUUAUUCGUUGUUUUUGUUGGAUUAUGAACUUGCGAGGCACCCACUUUGCACAGAGCUUUCGCCUCUUUAAGCUUAGCAAAUAUCUUUUCAUCGGUGGAUUUCCCUGAGCCCAAAUUCAACAGUAUUUUCCUCCAAAAAGCAAUGAUUUAUUAACACACGAAAUGCUCUAUGAUCCAUUUUUUUGUAAACUAACACAAGUUGCUUCACAGAAAUGCUAUAUCUCAUUAACUAAUAAUUAUAAUCCAACUAAUAGAAAUCAUAUAGAUGGUAGUAGUACUAUGUAUCAGCCACAGUGGUUUGUGGACGGGUCCUCUAGUAUAACAAUAAUUCUUAGAAUUACUUUCCUCAGAACACAAAAACUUUUAUAAUAUUAUAGUUCCGAUGGAUCAGUUAACCAAUGAGCGUUUAAAACUAGCAUUGGUUGAUUACAAGGCUGUUGUGCGAUUAUUAGUAAGCGCAGGAGCUUUAGGUCAAACGCCUGUAGAACUCUAAACUAAAAUCAAUUGAGAAAGGAUGUAGAAAACAGUUCCUAUUUUAAGCAAGAGCACACUGUGAGACUACAUAUAUAGUUAUAUACAAUAUAACAAAUGGCGCAAAAAUUACCUUGCGAUGUUUUUUGGAAAAUGAAAAACCUUUUUAAAAAUGAAAAACCUUGAUUCUGCUUGUGGAUUAUUUUUAUUUUGUCUUUUAUCAUGUAAAUGGCCGCCGCCACAGUUGAUUGUCAUUUGAGCCCUUUUUAUGUUAUUUUCCAUCACUUUGCUCAGAACUUCCGGCGAUAGGUCCUCACAUUCUUGACGGAUAUUGUCUUUAAGAGCUGCAAGAGUCUGAGGUUUAUCGGCAUAAACCCAGGACUUCAAAAACCCCCACAAAAAGAAGUCUGAAACGGUCAAAUCAGGCGAUCUUGCUGGCCAGUGCAAAUCGCCAAAACGGGAGAUUAGGCGCCCGGGAAAUGCAUCCUUCAGCAUAUCGGUUGUGGCACGCAGUGUAGCGUACCAUUGUUUAUUUACGUGUAUUUCGCAUGUAUUUACUAUACAAAUGUCAAAACAGAACUGACAUUAGCGGUCAAUUGCACAAUUUAUAGAAUGUGUGUUGGUGCCAAGGGGUGCCAUUUAACACUUAUUAUAAGCGCAUAUACAGUUCACUAGUAUUAAAUAUCUAUUUUAAAAUAUAUUGAAC